AAAAAACAAUCAUGUUUGACAUAUAAAACAAGUUUGCAGAGAUUGUUUGAAAAUCAAUCUUCUAUAUGAAGAUUAUACGAUACUUUCUGAUCAAAGAAUGAGCGAUCGAAAGUAUAAAAUGCAAUGAAAUAGUUAUGUUGCCUUCGACUGGUUACUUUAAAACUAUUAACUGUCCAUUUUAUGAAAGUGGAGCGUGCGACAGACCUUAUUGUCAUUUCAAGCAUGCGAAACGAGAAGAUGUUGGAAUUACCACAGAGACGACCGAGACGGUGGAAAACCGUUCCACGGGUCAAACUGAAGAAUCCAAAACUGCUACAGUGGGAACAUCAGAAUCAGACGUCUUGCAGCAAUUAGUAACAGAAGCUGUCAAAAAAGUCUUGGCUAAUCGAACUGUCACAGAUGUAGAUAAUAAAUUUUCUUGCCAGAACGUUGUUUCUCAGGUAGUUGAAGGACUAAAACCAACGUUAACUUCUGGAUCAUCCAGUACAGUAAAUAAUGUUACAACUAACAUAGUGGAAGAAAGUACAAAUACACCAACAUCAGUUAAUAUGCAACCAUGCGUUUAUAAUCCAACACCAAUUGCAGAAUUAAAGAAACGUCAUAUACCAAUAGUAUCUUAUAUGCCAACCAGAAAAAGUACAGUAGCUGUGAAACGUAAAUCUUCUCCAGAUGGAGUUAAACCAUGGUUAAACGUGAGCAAUGAAUCCACAGACUCUCAAAGUGUUGAAAUUAAAUACAAACCUAGUGUAAUAAUCACAGCUGAAGCUAGGGACACUAUGCAAAGUUAUAUACCUACGUGCAAAUCAGAGUCUACUUUAUUAAAUUCAUGUAAGGAUGGUUCAAGUGAAUAUUUACUUAAACUCAGGGAAACUUAUUAUCCAAAGAGUAAAAAGAAAAGAGAAGAAUAUGUUCCAAAAAAAGUAAAAACUCCAUUAAAAACUGCUGAUGGACUGAAUGAAUCUACGUUAGAUAAUUUUGGAACAAAUCCCAAUAUGAUAGACGAGGUGCUCAUACAUUCUGAAUCAGCACAGUCUAGCAAACUAUCUCAAGAUUCUUCUAUGGAUAUUGAACCAAAAUUUUCUGAUGAUGAAGAAGAGGAUCAUGAUAAUAUUGAUGUUCAUGAUGACAUAAGUAAAAUUAAUACUACAGCCAUUGAAUUUAGGACCUUAGAACAAAAUAAAUCUUAUUCUAAUGCAAAAAAAUCUGAUUGUUUGAACAAUAUACAAGAUGUGCAUUUUCCAAAAACAACUGAUAGCAGUGAAUAUAUUAAUAAAGAAAAUCAUAAUGAAAAGAUAUUAACACAUAGUAAUACACUGAAACAAGAAAUGUUCCCUAGCGAUGAAAGUUCAAAAUCCUUACAAUGUGAAGAAAAGAAUGUAUCGAAGAUAGAUUCGAAUAAAAAUACCGUCGAAAGUGUAAAGGAAUAUAAAAAUAAGGAUAAGAGCAAAGACAAAAAUCACAGUUCAUCACAUAAAAAAUAUAAAGAUAAGCAUGAAUCAAGUAAGAAAUCGCAUUCUAGUUAUAGUAGAAGUAAAAGUAGGAAUCAUUUGAGACACAGAAGCAAAGAAUCGAAAGAUAAGAAACGUGAUAAAGAUAGGAGUAGAUACAAACAUCAGGAGAAAGAUAGAGACAAAGAAAGAAAUGAAAGCAAAUACAAAUCUAAGAGCGACAGAAGGGAUAAUUAUAAAUCUGAAAAACGUCAUAGGUAUUCCAAGAGUUCUUCAAAAGAGCACUCUAAGAAUAAAAGUGAUAAAAACGAUAAACAUUCGAAAUCGAGUCGUAAGUCAGAUGAAAAAUAUGCUGAAAAUAAGGAAAAAAAAACUUCACACUCUUUAAAAAGUGUUCAGCUGAAUUCCAUGGAUGAUGGUGAUGAAGAAUAUGAUGAUCAUUAUAACAGUAUUAUUGAUAAUAUUGUUGAUGUAACUUUCAGUACAUCUGACUCAGAUCAUGAUGUACAAGAAGAGUGUUUAAAAAUAUUUCAGGAAUAUCAAGUACCAGAACGAUCAAAGACAGCAGAUUUAUCAAAAGAUUCAUUAAUGCAGCAAGAAAAAGAAAAGGAACAGACAGAAGAAGUUGGUAAGAAAAGAGUAGCACACCCUUCAGCAGCUACAUGUGUCACUAGGCAAAUUGGAGUUAAUCAACAGCCAAGAAAAUUAAUAACUGCACAACAAAAAAUGUAUGAAAGAUGGCGUCUAAUGCACGAUGCUAUAGCAGAAAAAACAAUUUCUGCGAGCAGUAGUCGUAACUACCCUGAAGUAAUAGGAACAGCGAGCAACAGCGAAUUAAAGUUAAAUGGAAAUGGUCGUGUUAGAAUUGCUCAUGUACCAUAUGCUAAAUCUCUAACAAUAGAAAAAAAGAAGGUAAUAGAAAAUGUAGGAAAGUCGGUAGAAUCGAAAACAAUAGACAAUUCUAAAACAGCUGCACAGACAGCCAAGAGUGGUGUACGCAUUGCUCACGUUCCGCAAGUGGUUCCUCAGUUAAUUCGUCCCGAGCCGUUACAAGUAGCCACGCAGAAAUUUCCUUUAAAUGUUCGUCAGUAUUAUGUGAAUAUGAUGCACGAUAUAUGUGUGUUGAUUUACACAAAUGCCGAGGAUGCAGCACAGCGUGCGGUUAAAGAAGAAUACGCUUGUCAUGAAAGAUGCAAAGCACUAGCCGUUUACAAAAAUUCCUGUAUGCUUGCUACUCAUAGAUUGAGAAAAGAAACUGAUCAAAAUUCACCUGCGGAUAAUAAUACAGUAACAAUACCAGGUAGUAAUACAGUAUCCCAUGAAGCAGUACUUGCUGGGAAAGCUAAAGGUUCCUGGAGUGUUCUUAAGACAAAAAGAUCUGUUAUGGAAUUUAGAGGUUCAGCUUUGUACGGUAUGUUAAAAAAAUGGAUAAUGAUAGAACAACAACUUCGAGAUAAUGGUUUUCCUCGUCCACAUCCAGACGGCCAGAAGGGUCGUGCCAAAGUCUAUGUAACUAAUUCACGAAAUGUUCUGUCAAAAGUGCCUAAUGAAAGAAUUUGUAGUCGAUGUGGUCAAACUUAUAUGGUUGAUAAACAAGGAUUUGCUUUGCAAUCACAAAACUGUAUAUAUCAUUGGGGCAGAAAAUUCACAAUUAGAGGUGAAGGCAAAUACAGUUGUUGUCAACAAUAUGGUUCUGCAACUGGCUGUUGUGACGCAAAAACACAUGUAUGGGAUUAUACAGAUUAUGAAAAUCUUCGUGGUUAUGUAAAAACAUUGCCAAAAGAUGCACCAGUCGAGGAACAAGGAGUAUAUGCACUUGAUUGUGAAAUGUGUUACACAACUCAAGGAUUAGAAUUAACUAGGAUAACAGUCAUUGAUGAGGAUUGCAGUGUAGUAUAUGAGACGUUAGUCAAUCCACAAAAUCCAAUAAUCGAUUAUAAUACCAGGUUUUCUGGAAUUACGGAAGAAAAUAUGAAAGAUGUGACAACAACAUUAUUGGACGUUCAAGCGACAUUGCUGACCAUGUUUUCGGAUAAAACUAUAUUAGUGGGUCACAGCUUAGAAAGUGACUUCAAAGCUUUAAAGCUCUUACAUGAUACUGUGGUCGAUACAAGUGUGAUGUUCCCGCACAAAAAUGGAUAUCCACAAAAGAGAGCGUUGAAGAAUCUUUGUUCCGAAUAUUUAAGAAAACUCAUCCAAAAUGACGUUGGUGGACAUGAUAGCAAAGAGGAUGCUAUUGCUUGUAUGGAAUUAAUUCUUUGGAAAGCAAAGGAAGAAGCAAAAUUGCAAUAAACGAACCUACAAACACUCAAUCAGACUGAUCCGUGUACAGCUUAUGGUUUUCUGGUUUAUGAAACGAUAAUAAUCUUUUUUUUCUAAAUUAUCGCAUACGUUGUAUUAUAGUUUUUCAUGUAUAAAUAUGUGAUAUACAUAUGACCGAUUAAGUCGAUUAUUACAUAAAUCAUUGCUCAUCUCAAUUUCAUUAUUCUACAAUAGGUGCAUGUUUGCUCUUUUGAUUAUGCGUUCAUACUUUUAUAAGAUUUUGUGGUAAUUAUUUACAAAGUAAUUAAUCCCGCCGAUUUCAAUAACCUUGAGAUAUGUUAGCAAGAUCAACAUACUGAAUAAUUUUCUAUGGAUAUAAAACCAUCACUAAGCUUCAGUUUCAGAAAUAAAAAUAAAAAUAAUUUUAUAGACAAAUACAUUACUACGUGUAAAAAUAUAGAAUCUACGUGGAAAAAUUUAGAAUCACAUUAUAUAUCUAAC